AUGGCGAGCCCUUACUUCCUGUCCUGCCUCCUCCUCCUGCCGCUGGGCACCUGCCUUCCUCUGCCGGACGGAGAAGAGCCCGCGGACGCCAGGGGUGGCAUCGAAAGCAAGCCAAGCUGCGCCGACCCGGCGGGGGGACGCCGCGCCUGCCUCCCGUGGGGCUCCUCUCCGUGGCGGAGGGCCGCACACCCGCUCUCCCUGCUCGUCACAGCCCAGGAGCCGCCGCCACCACCGGUGGGCAGAGCAUGUGCCAGCCUGAGGCUUCGGUUCGGGAGGCAGGAAGAUGGCAGCGGGGCCGCCGGCUUCCUCCCCGCUGAUGGCAAGACGGCGCGCGGCCAGCUGGGGGCCCUGGCCAGGGAGCUCAGCGGCUACAGCAGGAAGAAGGGCGGCUUCAGCUUCCGCUUCGGCCGGCGGUGAAGGGGCCAGGGCGUCCCGGAAAGGGUUUCUCCCAGGACCCCCGCCCCACCUCCCCCCACCACCUCCAAAACCCCGAGUAGGCGUAGGUAUUAUUACAAUGAAUUAUUAGCCGUAGGAUUGGCUAGGUGGGUGCUUCGUUUUGAUUCCCAACUUUGCUGAAGCAAAAACCUGG